CCCCAACCCUGGCGGCCUUGUCGGGAAACUCUCUCAACCUGCGUCGCGGGUCGCCGCCUUGCCCUUCCGAGGACUCCGAUGGUGUCUGUCCUGCUGCAGCGCCUCAGCUAUACGCCGCCGCCGUGGGCGUCGGCGCUCGCGGCGCCUACGCACGGCCGCAUAAAGCUCGGCCACCUCCCGACUCCGCUGAUGCGGUGGGCGUGCGGCGCACUCUCGGAGCUGGGUGUGCGGUGGAGCAUCAAGCGGGACGACCUCUCCGGCAACGAGCUCUCCGGCAACAAGGUGCGCAAGCUCGAGUUCCUGAUGGCCGAGGCGGUCGCCGGCGGCCACGACUGCGUCGUCACGAUUGGCGGCGUGCAGUCGAACCACUGCCGAGCGACGGCGGCAGCAGCGCGGCUGGUGGGGAUCGACGCGCACCUCAUCCUGCUCGUCCGCGACAAGAGCUUUGGCGACGAGCCGGGGCUGCAGGGCAACCUGCUGCUGGACCGGUUGCUCGGCGCGACGCUGCACCUCUGCUCCGGUAGCGACUACCUGCGGCAGGGCGGUGACCUGGCAGCGAUGAACCGGAUCAACGAGCAGGUAGCGGCGGAGCUGCGGAGGCAGGGGCGCGUGCCGUACAUCGUCCCGGUCGGAGGAACAACGCCCCUCGGCACCUGGGGCUACUUGAGCGCGGCGGCGGCGGCGGCGGCGGAAGAGGCGGCGACUUUCGACCCGAUCGACCACAUCGUGUUCGCGGUCGGCUCGGGAGGCACGGCGGCCGGACUCGCGCUAGGCAGCCACCUGGCGGGGCUGCGGCCGCAGCUGCACGGUGUCGCGGUCCACCACUCGCCAGAGCACUUUUACGACCUCAUCGACGCGGAGGUGUCCGAGCUGAGCGGCGGCAGCUUCGAGGCGUGCGCGCGCGAGAUGCUGGCGAUCUACCCGGGCGCGGGGGCGGGAUACGGUGUGGCGACGCCCGAGCUGAUGGCCUUUUGUGCAGAGACGGCGCGGCAGUCGGGCGUGCUGCUCGAUCACACCUACUCGGGCAAGGCGCUCUACUACUUUGCGCAGGCCGCGCGCGCGCAGCCCGAGCGCUUCCGCGGCAAGCACAUCCUCUUUUGGCACACGGGAGGCGCGCCGGCGCCCCAGAAGCGGAAUGCGAAGUCUUGCCUUACCCGCCGCGCAUACCCGCCGCCCUCUGCGCGCACCCCGCGCGCACCCCGCGCGCACCCCACCCGCCCCCCCACCCGACCGGCCGGGCGGGCGGCACGCGGACCUCAUCUCUUGCCCUUCCGACUAGCGCUCGAGAGGACACCUACUCCGCUGUAGUCGACUGUGUUCCGCUGUGUUCACUGCAUUCGUACUCUCUCUCUCUCUCUCUCUCUCUCUCUCUCUCUCUCUCUCUCUCUCUCUCUCUCUCUCUCUCUCUCUCUCUCUCUCUCUCUCUCUUCGUAUAUCCCGUGUAUUCACGCGGUGCUCAAAUACACUCACUGCACACCGCAUUCCCGCCCUGGUGUUGGUGGAUUCACCGCGUAGGCGCGCUGGCCCUCUUUGCCAAGACGGACGAGCUGCUGUCCCAUCUGCCACCCGGCCAGGUGCGGCGCCUCAAGCUGCCGUGAUGGUGGGCAAUUGUAGCCCAAGGACCACUGGCGCAACUUGAGAGACCUCCAGAGAGCAGAGGUGUUAUUGUGAGUACGUGCGGGCCACUGCGGGUCGACAGCAGACGAACGGUAACCCUGUUAGCCCCUAAACGGCUAGCUUCCGUCUUGCCGUUUGGUUGUAAAAUUCCGGACGGCCUCUCUUCCGCCGGCUCAGUCUGCUUCCUGUUUUAAGGUCCUUUUUUUAUAAUUCCUUUUAAGCUU